CUAAAAGUACUGGUAUCGACAUAUUUUUUACCAAGAGCAAAAGAUAUUCAUUAUGCAUUAUGUCCUGUUUCACAAGUUGCCAAUUGUUCUAAAAAAACAAAACAAUUUUAUAAUGGUUGAUCUACAAGUUCACACUGCUAUUAACAUUAUUAUUUUUCUACUUUCUUUUUUCCAUGUGUUUUCUUUCCAGCCAAAUUGAAUAUGGCCUCUAAUUAUUUGAAAGAGUGGCGGAGAAAAAGAGCUAGGGAGGGUGAUUUCAUGGAUGAAUUUUUGAAUUGGAUUCAAGGUAAGGAUUUAUCAGGUUUAGCAGUGGUUUUUAAGUAGGGUGGGGGCUAUUUUAAAAUAGUGCAACAGCAUAUGAUUUUGUGUUUAAAAGCCAAAGUUAAGCACCACACUCAUCAUCCAUUUAUUGUCUCGUUCUCGGAUUUUGCAGCAAGGAAGAGGGUUUAUUCCUACCCAAUACCUGAGAAAAGUAAGAGUGGCAUAACUACAGUACAAAAUGUUGUUAAGUAAUGUAUUCUAAUUAUUGAAUUGAAUGUUACUAAAUCAUAUCUUUUCACCAAGAGUUCCAGCGGGUGGUCGUGGAAACACUUUUGGAAAUCUGCGAUGAAUUGAAAUCGCUCAACCAGCAGGGGGACAUUGAAGAUGAGGGUGAGCAGAUACGUCAGUUGCCAUUAAGGACUUUGGAGGAGGCUCAGCGCAUGUCGUUGGAAAUCAGUAGGCACCCCAGCAUAAAACGUUUACUGGUAAGUCAAAUAGAGAUGCUAAAAAUGAUAGAAAUCUAUACAUUAGACACUCUUGAUAAUUUGAUUAUAUCAUACAGAUAAAACAACUGUCACACCUUGGGGGGAAGGACAUUAAGACCUGCACACGCAGGAUCCUGGACAGGUAUGCAUAUGACAGCAAGACAAUGUUAUUAAUAUAAUCAUGUAUUGUUGGUGUUUAUCAAGUCUUUCUAGUGAAUUGCAAGAGUAAGCAGUAUUAUGGUGCGUUCACACAGGCACUUGCGCAACGGCAGCGAGGGUUUCUCUGAGGUUUUAGGGAAUUGUUCCGCAAAUAAAGAGCAGCGCUGGACAAGGUAUCCGACGAGAUCGAGGGGAAACCUAGAGCGGGUGUGACGUAAUGCGCAACGCGAAUUGACGGUGGCAAAGUGACACGUUUUAGGACACAAGACAGGACAAGUUGCGUUGCCUGUCCGGUGUGAACGCACCUUAAGAGAUUUAUUUGUCUUUGAUAUCCAUUUCAGAAUUUUACACAAUGACGUGCAGAGGAAGUACAACCUCCUGGGUGGAGGACGCCAGGGGAAAAAAGGCUUUAAGAAAACUGCUUUCUUCACAGUUUUUCUUGGUAAGUGAAUUAUAUCUCUGCAAGUUAUUACUUAUUCUCGGUCAUGUUACUGACUCAUUUAAAGCCUGAAGCUGUAAAAAAGUGAAGAAUCCUUCUGGACAAUACUAGAUAAUUUCUACACUUACUAUGAUUCAAGUUUCUUUUGUUUUUUUUCUUUUUGCAGAGUCUGUUCGCAUCAACUUCCCGACAGCAACAGAGGAACUGGUCGCAGCAUCGAUUGGGGACCAUUUGAAACAGGCACCAGCUCGAUGUGGUGGGAGGGGCACCACCACAACACCACCCUGCUAAUUUUUUAAAAAUAUAUAUCUUAAAAUUGUUAAUAUUUACAGUUCAUUUCAGUAUAAG